CUACUGUAUUGUAUUUUUGUUUUUUGUGUGUGACUUCACGGUAUCGACACUUCCUUCAAAAGAACAAAAUCUCGAACAAAAACCACCGUGUUGCAAUGAAUAUCGGUAGAAGACCUGCACUCGAACGGAAGUACCCCGAAAUCACGACAACGCAGCUACAGCAAAACUAGAAACAAAUUUAAUGCCACUUUGAAAGAAGGUUUUAUUUACAACAUGGAACACCAAGAAGGGGAUGAUGUCUCGUCAACCGCAGAAAUAAUUCUUGCGGAUCUUUGCAAGAAAGAAACCGAGGCCGCCGAAUUGAAAGAGGCACUGAAAAACUUGCUGGACAGCCAUGUCCGUACAAAGAGAAGGCAUGCCAAAGAAUUAUCCGAGGUCCACAAACAAUAUUCAAAACGUUUGGUCCAAUUGGAAAUCGAUUUGGAAACACACGACAUACAUUUUACAAACUAUGCAAAGGAUCAGAUGGGAUUGGAAACAAAAGCGAUUCUCGAGGACAAAAAAGAAUGUGCCUGGAAGAAACCGAAAUCGGAUAUUUUGGCGCAGCAGAACCUGAUAGCGAAGCUGAUUGCAGAGAAUGCCGACCUGGAACACCGAUACAAAAGAGAUUGCACGGGGCAUAACGAUAGGAUACUAGAAUUGGAAAACGAGAACCGAUGGCUCCGUCGAUCCCUGCGACGCAGGGUCGAUUCCAGCAGCAGCACCGGUGAUGCCGAAUCCGCCGGGGGGCAGCUGGCACUGGAAACCGAUAGUAAUUGCAGCCUUGUUGUCGAAAAAUACGAAAAACAGAACACGGAAUUGUUGCGCAGUGUAGAUGAACUGAAGGAGAAAAUCCGUAGCCUGGAACUGAAGCACGUUCUCGCUGGCGGUCCUACCAACACAAAGGAGGAGAACGGCAAAGAAUUGUCGUGCAAUGACAAAGAUGAAAAAUUGAAGGAUUGCAAGAUAGCAUUGUUGAAAUCGAAAGCCAUUGCGUACCAAGCGCGAAACAUUUGGCCUCCGGAUACGGAGUGCAGCGCGCCGCCAGAAUCGCUAUCGUCGUCUUCGACGGCAAUCAAAGAUUUGAAGGAGCAAAUACAAGAGCUCGAGAACAUUCUCAUUAGGAAAGACAAACAGUUGAGAUCGCAAUCAAAAAGAUAUCGGAAAACAAGAGUUUAAUUUUAAACAAUACAUAUUUUGUUUACCU